AUAUAUGAGAACGGUUACGACUGAAUGCGAAGUCGACGCGAUUUGAAGGAAGACUAAGCUUUUCGUGUUUCACGUCGAAUUAAGCGGACGAAGUUUCACGAGAAUGGAUCAGUGGCGCGGAAAGUUAGCCGUUGUGACCGGUGCCAGUUCCGGUAUCGGAGCGGGCAUCGUCGCGGCUCUUCUCGAACACGGAGUAAACGUGGUAGGGCUGGCCAGAAGGUUAGAGAAUAUGAAGGCAUUAGCGAAUCGCAUGAAAAGUGCCAAAGGAACGUUUCAUCCGAUUGCCUGCGAUCUCCGCAAGGAACCGGAAAUCCUGGCCGCAUUCCAGAAGGUCGAGAAACUCGGCGGCGCGGAUAUUUUGGUGAACAACGCCGGCCUGGCCUUUGUUGGGAAAAUCGUCGACAGUAAUACCGAAUGCAUGAAGAACAUUCUAGACGUAAAUGUACUGGCUGGGGCAAUUUGCGUUCGUGAAGCUAUAAAGUCAAUGAGAAAUCGUCAAGUCAAGGGCCAUGUCCUUUUUAUUAAUAGCACUCUUGGACAUAUACCAGCGCUUCUGGAAUCACCUUUAAAUCUCUACGAAACCUCGAAGUGCGCGGUAACUGGACUAUCAGCUAUAUUGCGAAGAGAAAUGCGUCAGUUACAAAUACCAAUUAAAGUGUCGGUUAGUAAUCUUAUUAUUUUUAUUAAUAUUUCAACCAGGGUACAAUAAAUAUUUUACCAAUCC